AUGUGUGGAAUUCUCGCCGUUUUUGGACUUGAAGGACAUCCCGAAAAUUAUGAAAAAAACUUUCUUGAAAACCUUGAUUGCAUGGAACAUCGAGGUCAAGACUCGACAGGCUUCUAUUGGGGCGAAAACUUUAUUCUAGGCCACUUGAGGCUCGGAUUUGUUGGUGGAACAAGCGGAACGCAGCCACUGAGUUCAUAUGACUCAUCUAUCGUUUGCAUCGCUAAUGGAGAAAUUUACAACUAUAAAUCUAUCUGGAAACAGCUGGAUAAGAUCGACCCCACGAUCAAUAAACAAAGGAGAUCAGAAUCCGAUUGCGAGACUUUCAUAACGUGUUACCAAGCUUUCGGUCCAAAUUUUCUUCAAAAAGUCGACCUUGUUGGAAUGUUUGCUUUUAUCUUGGUCGAUAUGAAGAAACAAAAAGUCAUCAUCGGCCGAGAUUUUGGUGGAAAAGUGCCUCUUCAUUUCUGCAAAGAUAAGAAUGGAGAAUCUUGGUUCGCUUCGGAAAAGAAGGGCUUGAUGAACCAAGUUGAGCAUAUGGAUGAAAUCUUUGACUUUCCUAUCGGGAAAUAUUAUUUGAUCGACAGAAUACAACAGACGAAACAAGUGAAGACAAUUCCAAACAACCCGCUCCAGCACUCUUUUGCUCCUAUAAAAAAUUGGAGUACUGAAGAAAUUCUUACGAAAUUCUGCAUUGCUGUUGAGCGCAUCAUCCCCGAGAAGAUUCCGUUUGCAGUCCUUCUUGACGGUUCAAUUUACGCAGAACUGCUAUUUCACGCGAUUCAAGGUCGAGUCAACGAUAAGAAGAGGAUUUUCCCGAUCAUACUUCAUGGCGAUUUUUUCUACAGCGAUGAUGAUAUUCGAAAAUUGCAAAAAGAAUAUGGUUGUGACUUACACGCUAUUACUAUUUCUCCGAGUCGAAUUCUUGAAGACAUAGAAGAUAUCAUGUACGCGAUUGAAUCAGCUGAUCCAGCAAAGAUUUUUGAAGGCUCUACGAUUUACUACGGCAACUUUUUUAUUGAUUAA